UGAUGAUUUACUGUUAAUUUAAGGUUAAUUCUUUUAUAUGGGUGGCUAUCUACUAUUCUGAUUAAAGAAAAAAAUGGAAAAAACUCGUUCUGUUAUUGUUAAAAAUUAUGGAGGAUAUGAUUCCUUAUCGAUUGAACCAUUUGAUUUAUGUCCAUUAGAUGGAAAUAUAGAAGUUAAAGUUGAAUAUGGAGGCCUGAAUUUUGCUGAUAUAUAUACAAGAAGAGGAUUGGUUGCUGACAAAGAACUGCCUUUUGUUUUGGGCAUUGAAUGUACAGGAGUGAUAACUGCUAUAGGAGAAGAUGUAAAAGACACAGGUUUUGAGGUAGGUCAAAAGGUUAUAUGCUAUGAUUACCAUGGAGGCAUGUACAGAGAUACCAUAAGACUGAACCCUAAUAAUUGCUUUUUAUUACCAGAUUUUAUUGAUACCAAGUUGGGGGCAGCUAUUUUCGUCAAUUAUUUGACAGCAUAUAUUUCUUUGUUAAAUUUAGGAAAUCUAAGAGAAAAUGAAUCAGUACUUGUUUUGUCAUGUACAGGUGGUGUUGGAUCCGCAGCAGUCCAAAUAGCUAGGACUGUGGAAGGAGUACACAUAGUUGGUACUGGAUCAGUGAUCAAAGAAGAACACGCCAUAAAAAACGGCGUUGACACAUUUUUAUGCAACGAUACUUUUUUGGAAGAUGUUCAAGAGUACAAAUUCGAUGUAAUACUUUCUAAUGAAAGUGGGCCCACUUUUACUUUCUUGCAAAGCCUUUUGAGACCGCUGGGAAGGAUUAUUUUAAUAGGUGCUAACAAUGCAGUAACAAACUUACACGAAGUUGCUUCUCCCACCAUAGAAGAAUCUCCAACUGUCGAUCAUGAUAACGUUCCUUUACUUUCGCUAUUGAUUAAUAACCGAGUUGUGUCUGGAUUACAUUUGGGUAUCCUUCUGGCAACUGAUCCAGAGAAGAUCGAACAUAUUCUCGACGUUAUCUUCAGCAUGAUAGAGGAUAAACAAAUCAGUCCCAUCAUACAUUCUGUUUGGAAAAUGUCUGAAUUUGUGGAGGCUACCAAACUGCUGGAGGAACGAAAAAACGUCGGAAAAGUUUUAAUUAGCAUGUUAGAAUAAAAAUAUGUAUACAUUUUUUACAUUAUUAAGAAAUAUUUUAUAAAAGACAAUAUAUGCAUUUACAA